CAGUUGCUUGAAUGAGUUUCUUUCAAUUCGCACGCAUUAAAUUUUGUGUCCCAUUUAUGGCACAACAAAAUUCUCAUUCAUUUUCAUAUUAUCUAGAGAAACAGAAAGUAUUCAAAAGUGAAGAGAUAUCAUAAAAAUCACGGCUGGAUUUUAUUUUAUCAUCAUAAAAGUGCCAGAUUUCUGCUGUGGGAAAAGUUAUUUUUGUAUCAGUAUUUAUAUUUCAACGAAGCAUAAGCAGCAGUGCGUGUGUGUGCGCGACAUAAGAGUGUAUAUAACGAGGAAAUUAUCGAUUUUUCAAAAAUGUCACUUUUCCACUUCACUUUUAAGAGAAUCCAAGGUGUAUUCCUUCUAAAUUCGAGUAGAAUUAAUAUAAAAAAUAUUGAUUUUGCGGCAUUUAGUCGAAGCAGCGGAGCCAGAGUUAAAAAUAUUUGGAAAAAAUUGUAUAUUCCAACAUAGGACCACAUGCUUGAUAAGUUCCACCACGAUUUGUUAAUUAAAACUUGAUAAAAAAGCACAUUGGAUGUAGCCAAGAAUUUGAGGAUUUGGAGAGGCUUAAAAUUUAAUUCAUGAACGGCGGAACGACAUAUAACGCUUGGAUGAUGUAUCAUGGAACAAGAACUUUGGCAACUCAAGAAAUCACCAAGAAUAUUCAUCUGCACAGCGAUGAACCGAAGGACGUAACAACUGAUCACAGAACAUUGAGAUUAAUUAAACCAAUAGAUAAGCCCCUGGCUGUUCUAUUCAUGUGGCUUCAAGUAAAGCAGAAGCACCUGGUUAAAUUUGCCCAGAUCUACAAUGAUUGCGGGUUUGAUGUUGUAACAGUUCAAAUAACACCAUGGCAAUUACUGUGGCCAACGAAGGGUACCCAACUUGUGGCAUCCGAUGUCAUUAGGUUCCUCUACAACAAUACAGCAUUUAAUCCCAUCCUAUUGCAUGGGUUUUCCGUCGGGGCCUACGUUUGGGGGGAAUGCCUCGUUAAAAUUGCAACUGAUGAGAAGAAAUACCAGAGCCUUACGGAUAGAAUAUGUGGGCAAGUUUGGGAUAGUGCUGCCGAUGUUACAGAAGUACCAGUCGGUGUACCCAAAGCACUUUUCCCUCGCAAUCCCACACUUCAGUCUGCACUUCGAAAAUACAUGAUGUAUCAUAUGAAGGCAUUCCAUGAAUCGGCUACAUCGCACUACAUUCGAUCUAGUCAAAUGUUUCACAGUACGAUCGUACGUAAGCCAGCUCUAUUCCUUCUCUCAAAGACAGAUCCUGUGGGAACUUAUGCUGCCAAUUCAAGAGUUCGCGAAAACUGGGAAGCAAAUGGUGUAAAUGUGACUUGGAAGUGCUGGGAUAAAUCACCACAUGUGCAGCACUUCCUCAAGCACCGAGAUGAAUACAUACAGAGCCUUUUUGAGUAUUUGGCAAGCCUGAAGGUUCUGAAGCAACAUGAAAAAAUGAGGGCAAAAUUGUGAAUCUGUGAUAGGAGCACGACAUGAUUUUUUUUUAAUUAAACAAAAAAGAAGAGUUUUAAACUCAAUGUGGAAGUUCAAGGCAUAUUUUCGUAAUAUAUAUGCUUCUCUUUAUCAAUAUAAUGGAUUGUGGGUUAAAUAUUUAACUAAAAGAAAAAAGUUCGAAAGCAUAUUUUGUUCUAGACUACACGUUUUUUUUAUUCCUUCUUAAUUUGCAUUAAAGUCAAUUCAAUAUAGAGUAUCUCAACAACUGUAUCAACCAAUAAGUUUAGCCACAUCUUGUAAAUUUGAUAUGAAAUAAAAUUUAAUUUCCUAUUA